AAGCAUCCAACCUGCUCAUGACUCACGGGUCUGGCCGUGUCAGGGGAAUAUGAGGUGACGUCAUCACGCAGACGCAGUGAGGCGGAGGCUGCGCAAGGUUGGACCGUCUGGAUCUGGUGUUGCACCGCGUCUUACCAUGGACUUCACAGGUCAGUGAUUCCCAGUACUGAUAAAAGACAGUCGGCUGUGCGGUGUGGGGCCGCCCAAACCCAACAUGGCCCGCGGGACCGCCCCUGUCUGCUGCGCCGCCGCCAUCGUGGUCGGCUGGAUAGCUGGACACCUUUUCUCAGUUACAGCGACGUACUGUGCGUACUAUGAUCCAGAUCAGCGGGCCCAUGACUACACAUAUGAGGAUGAUAUGGACCACUAUGGAGAACCCAUUGCUCAGGAUGAAGUCCUGGCUGAUAACAAGACAAUGAAGUGUUCUCAAGACAAGGACAUCUGUUUUGCCCUCUGGGAGGCUGCUUUGGGGGGAGAUGAGAUGAAGAUACUCAAACAAGGCUGCUGGAACCAUCCUGGUAAAGAGCACACGUGUGGAGAGCCAGAAUGUUUCACCCGUGGCCCAUCCCCACCCUCCAUGAACAAAACUAAGUUUUGCUGCUGCAAAGGGAACAUGUGCAACAAUAACGUGACAGACCAGUAUAUUCCACCGGUUACCCAUGUACCACCUUAUCCUACUCCAGCAUAUGCCCAGCACAGCACAUACAAGGAGGAAACAACUAUCAUUGUGAUGACUGUAGUGUGUUCUACUGCCAUCAUUAUUUCUGCAAUCUACUUCUUGAUCAGAGUUUGGCACGGAUCCCAGAGAGAGCUCCACCACACAAUGCAUCUGACAGAUGACAUCUCCAUCACUCCUAGUCUGGACAUGGAUAAUCUCAAACUGCUACAAGUUCUAGACCGUGGCCGAUAUGGGUGUGUCUGGAAAGGCUGCUUGAAUGAGAGAGAGGUGGCAGUGAAAGUUUUCAACCCUUGCCAUAAGCAAAACUUCUUGAAUGAGAGGGACAUUUACACAACCGCACAUAUGGAGCAUGACAAUGUAAUCAGGUUUAUAGGUGCAGAAGAGAGGAUUGGUAUGGAGGGCACAGUGGAGUACUUACUGGUGAUGGACUAUGCACACCAUGGGUCACUUUACCACUACCUGAAAACCUACAUGGUUAACUGGACUGGCAUGUGUCGUUUAGGCCACUCACUUGCCAGGGGACUAGCUCACCUACACUCUGACUUUGUCAAAGCAGGUGAGAGCAAACCAGCAGUUGCCCACCGUGACUUAACCAGUCGGAACAUCUUAGUGAAAGCAGAUGGUUCCUGUGCCUUGUCAGACCUUGGUUUUGCCAUGAGAUUGACAGGCAACAGAAUAUGUAAUCCUGGUCAGGAGGACACAGCACACAUUACUGAGGUUGGUACGGUUCGCUACAUGGCACCAGAAGUGCUAGAAGGAGCCGUAAACCUAAGAGAUUUUGAGUCUGCCCUGAAGCAAGUUGACAUGUAUGCAGUAGGGCUGAUUCUAUGGGAAAUCGCCACCAGGUGUCAGGAUCUUUACAUGGGCCAGCCAGUACCAGAAUACAUGCAACCCUUCCAGGCUGAACUGGGACAACACCCUACCUUUGAAGAGUUGCAGGUUAUAGUAUCUCGAGAGAAACGACGUCCACAGCUCUCAGAUGCAUGGAGAGAGAAUAGCCAGGCUGUUAAGUCCUUAAAAGAAACCAUUGAAGAUUGUUGGGACCAGGAUGCUGAGGCUCGGCUCACAGCUUUGUGUGUGGAGGAGCGUAUGGCAGAGCUGAUGUCCAUGUGGUCCCGAAAUUCAACGGUCAGCCCAACGUUGAAUCCCACAUCAACUGCAGGGUCAUCAAGUGUUUUGACUUUAAGUGAUCGCAAUACAAACACUCAGCAGUUCCGUUGGAGCGGUCUGUAUGAGAACUCUUCUACAGAGCCCUUACACAGGAUGGGCUACCUACUGGAUGUGUCUGAUGGUAGCACAUCCCGUACUGAGAUGAUGGACGUUAAAGACACAAAUGUUCAUGUCAAUGCUUACCGUGCACGCCAGGAAACUUCAGUGAGCUCAUGUAGUGAUCCCCCAUUCAUGAGCAGCAGCCGUUAUCAAAGGAUAGCUUCACCAAGCACUGUGAGCACGAGCUUGUCCACUAAUGCCAGUCUACUGCUGGAGAUGGAAUCCACCAAUUCUCUCACCCCUUCUACCACAACUACAACACUUUCUGAACACACCAACACAAACCCAGAAGAUCUGUUAGGAAACUACCCAGACCUGAUCUCCACUACUGCUGCAAACACAACAACUCUGAUCGAAAUGUCUGAGACGCUGGAGAAGCAUACUACUGACCCCAAAGGACCAAACACUCAAUCCUGCCGUAAGAAUCUAAAUGAACUACCUAAGAAGCGCUCAAUGGAUAAGUAUGAAAGGAAUGAGCGUGCCAGGCACAGCAGAAACUACAAUGUGAACAUCCACACCAGCGAUGAAAGCCUGUCUGGGUCCCUGGACCAGAUGACAUGUAAGGCACCCCCAAAUAUGAGUGUGGACAGAUUGACACAUGAAGAAGAUUUACUGAUGAAGCAUAUGCUAGCUGAAGCAGAGAUCAAUACUCUACAUCCCAAACAAGGGACACUUCCGAAACAUGAUAAUUUGCCACAGCGUCCAACAACGUUAUCAAUUGACAGUAUAACAGCUAGACCAGAAACACUGGUCAAAGUUCCCAUAGAAAGCAACCAUGUGAGAGGAAGAGGUGCUUCUGCACUUGUUCAGGGCGGUCUGGGUAGCCAUUCAUCUCAUAAUGAACCAUGUAGAAGUUGGCGCAAAAAAGCACAGGCUGAACAAAUUGAAAUGGGAAUUGCAAAACUAGAGUCCAAUGGUCACCAGCCAUCAAAGAUCAAGAUGAGUCCACCUCGCCCUCAUGUUCAAGACAAGCCAAAGCAGUCUCACAGGGUUGAUGCAGAGAGUGGCAGAGAUUGCCACAGAGUUGAUGCAGAAAGUGACCAAGAGAGCUGCAGUGAAGUUCAAAACCAAACUGAUCCCACAGACUGUAAUAACAUACUUGACAAAAGCAUAGCACCAACCCAUCCAGCAGAGACAAUUGCAAGAUCCGAGUCUUCUCAGGGUGCAAUGCAGCGGGCUAACAGUUUGAUAUGGCACUGUAAAACCAGCACUGCCACAUGCCCAACACACCGGCCCCAGAGACCUACUUCCCUAGACCUGAGCUGUUUUCAAGGUCAGAAAGAACAACCUCCACCUCGAGCAGUCAGCGAGAUGUCGGGGAUUGACCAGGUGGUGUCGGAAGGAGGAGAAAGAGGAGGAAAAGAUCCAAGUUCAAAGAUCAAGAAACGACCCAAAACACCAUACUCCCUUCCUAAAAGAGGUCUGAUGAGUUUUUCAGUUUUUAAUCCUCCAAAGGAUAAGAGGGCAAGCAAAUCUGCCUGCAAGGUCAACUAUGUGAGUGGAAAAACCAUUGUAAGUGUUUUAAAUGAAAGUAAGAAAACUAGGAUUGGUUGAGGUAUUGAUGAGCAGAGACUUUCUAAUGGUGCGAUUUUACCUGCAAAACAUGAGCUUUAUACAAAAAAUGGAGAGAUCUACAGUUCACCUGCAGAAAGUGACAGAAUGUUUGGUAAGCCUAGUCAGGCAGAGGACAUCAAUUAGAUAUACUGGAUAAUGGAAGCUACAUUGUCGAUAAUGAAACACAGCAAGCAUUUGUUGUAUCUUGUGUGUAAUGGCAUUUACAGCAAUGCACAAUGAUACAUUCAGAAUUACAUUUGUAAUUUUUUCACAUGUGAGGUGUUUGUGCUUGAACAAAUUGAUGAAGUAGAUGAAACUGUUCUUUGUAUUAUAUUGUGAGGAAUAAUGUUGAUUUUAAUGAUUUAACUACCUUUUCUGUCCAAGUAACUAUGCUGUAAGUACCAAACAUUUUAAUUUUAACAUUUUAAAAGUUGUGGGCAUCCGCAGGUCAUUCAAUAUUCAGCCUCUAAACAAUGGUUCCCUAUAAAAAAAGAGGAGAAAGAAACUGUUAAUAACUCAACUUUCUGACGUUACUGGCACACAAACAUACCCUCAUAUGAAAGCCCGACAUCUCAGCCAUCCGAAAAAACACAUUUCGCCAAGUAUCUAACGGUGAAACUUCCGGGAAAUUGAAACAAUUGACCCCUGACCUCAAAACCGCACCACAACCCAGUGAGAAGGCCAUGUGCUAGGACAAAAAAGUCCCAACUUUAUACCCCCCAGCAACCACAAAAACUCAGCUUUUUGGCCCUAAUCAGAAAGUAGAAACCCUCCCCUGUCACACCCACCUCAAAACUGCCAGGAUUUCUACCCAUUUGACCAGGAAAAAAAUAUUGAAGUUUUAGGCCCUGAACUAUAUUCUGGCGGAUUGACCUGCGGAUCCCCUUGUAUGAAAUGCAAAACUGUAUUCCAGAAUUACUACUGCUUAGGUCCAGUCAAUGUUUUCCUAGCUUUGCAUUCAUAAUUUAGUAAACAAUGGCGGGAGAUGCAGGAUUGUAUAUUUGUAGCUAGUGUCCUGGUAUGGCAUGUUGGACUUGCCCUUUGGUACUUGUUCUUUCCCUCUUCAUAUGAGGUACAUGUAAUGUUAAGCAUGGGGGUGUGUCUAAGUAUAUAUACAAUGUGUCUGUAAGUGCUCAUGUGUGGGUAUGUGGGGUUGUUGGAUGUAUAGAUCAACUUGAAGGGUACAUCUUGGGAAGGGGUCAGGAGGGUGUAACUGUAAAUUGUAUAAAUAGUCAUAUGUUUAAUGUGUUUGGUGUGCUUUGUGUUUGUGGUGUGUGGGAUACGUAAUAGCAUUUGUGUGUGUGUGUGCGUGUGCGUGUGUAAGAUAUUUCUGUAUACACUUUGUAUAUGUAUAAUGGCAUGUGUUAGUAUGGGUACUUAAGGUGUACAUGAGGGUGAUUUCAUUUCGUUGUUUUUCUUAAUCUUAACUUUAAACACUUCGUUUUCCAUGGCCCAAAUUUGUACUGUUGUACAAGCACUAAAGCAUGACAACAUGAGAAAGAAUAAAAAUUGUAGAUUUUUCCAGCUUGCAAUGCAGCAUGUGGCACCUCUAUAUGUGUACUACAUAGGAGUACAAUGCUUAUUUUUGACGUUGCUAGGCACUUGAAUGUAUCAUUUUGCUACAAUGUUCACCCAGAUAAGGGUUGGUAGUUGUGUGAAGCCUCAAACUUUAUGUUGUUUACACUGGAUGGUAAUUCUAACAUCGAUGUACAAAGACUUUAGCUAUUCAAGUGCAAUAACAAUUGGAUAAGAGGAUUGAUUGAUUGACUGAUUUUGCAAAAACAUAAAGCAAAUGAAAGGAAGCAAGAAAACGUGCAGGUGUGGGGAGAAAAAGUCAUGUGGCUUGUACAUGCUCUUCCUCGUCAAAAUUUACAAAAUCAUAAUACAAUUAACAAAUCAUAGAGUAAUAAGGGUUGAAUGAAUAUGAAAAUCAUACAUUAAACAAUGAUAAUAACACAGUGCAAGGUACCGAUUAACAAAAUGAUAAAUAAGGAACGAAAUAAUAAUAGUUCAAUAACUGACUCGGUUGAGAAAAGGAACGUUUCAUCAUAAGAAGAGAAGAAAUGUAACAACUAAAAAAGCAAGCAAGAUGUAGAAAUAGAAAACAAUCAAUAGGAGAUUAAUUAAAUGAUUGUUUGUCUAAUAUUGACUUUUUAGCAGGUUCUUAAAUUUGGGGAAAGAUUGGCAAAGUUGUAAGGCCCGACUUAAAUUAUUCCAAAUUUGCGGGCAUUUGAAUAUCAUGGAGAACGUUGUUGCGUUUUUACUUGGAUCUGUUUUAAGUUGAUGGUAGUCUGAAUUGUAAUGAAAAAUAGCCUGAAAUUGUUUUGGGACACAAGGAUUAUUGUGAAUUAUUUUGUGAAUGAAAAGACAGCUUUGUAGUUUGUUUAUAUCAUAUACAGUCAUUACUUUUAGAUUACGAAACAAAGAUGCAGAAGGAAAUGCAUACGACACAUUUGAAACUAUUCAGACGAGGCGUUUCUGCAGAAGAAGUAGUGCUUUUAGUGAUGUGGAGUAUAUGCUAGCCCAUACGACGUUACAAUAUGCAAGAUAUAAGAUAUAGCAAACUAUAUACUUAUUAUGUUUUGAUAGAUUUUUUGGCAAAUAAGGUCUAUGUUUUUUCCAGGUAAGUUUGUCAUCAAUUGUGACACCUAAGAAACGUGUGCGUUACUUGAUUAAAGGGUGUGUUAUUAAUAGCUA